AUGGAAGAAUUGCAAAGCAUCUCAAACGACAGCCUGACAUAUGCGCAUGACCACACUGUGGCAACUGUGAGCGGAACGAAGCAGUCGUCAAGCGUCCGAGGUGCACAUUCACCGACCCAGAUGCUGUCGUCCAAUGCUGGACUCCAAGGAGAGAACGACAUCGAGCGAUGGCAAGCUUGUGCCGGCACCGAGGCUGAGGACGAUGUUGGCAUCGUAGCACGACUGCUGCAAGCCUGCAUCGACUCAAUUGCACAUCUCCUACUAUCGGCUGAUCCCUCUCCUGCUUAUCUGUACAGACAUGCCGACUCAAAGGACACUGCCACCAUGGAAUUAUACAUCCAUACCGCCCAGAUAUACAGUCAGACCAAAUGGCUCCUCAAGCAAGCUGAAGAAGGUGUUAGUGAAAGUGAUAGCGAUAGCGACAGCGACAGCGAAGUGAAUAGCGACAGCCCCGGUAGCGAAAUAACAAGUGGCGGAACAGAAAGUCUGGCCGAAGAUGUCAAGAUACAUGUCCAGUGCUUAUUUGAUCUGAGCAAUGCCCUCGAGUAUCCGGCGAUCGAUCCCGAGCCGACGGACGAACCUAGCUUGCUAAAGGUUGAACAACGUGCCGCCCAUGAUUACCACAAAGACCUCAUUGUGGCAAAGUUUCCCAAGCCGGAUGCCAAGAAGAGGCGCGAGGAUCAACGCCAGCAAUCCGACAGGUUCGCCCUGCUGAAGAAGAAGAGAUGGCAGCCAUCAGGUUCAGAAAGUCUCGAUUUGCGGAGUCAGGAGUUCAAAGAUUCUGGGACUUGGAAACGUCCCCUUCCUGCGCCCACGAAAGCCCAUUAUGCGGAGACAGUGAUAUCUUUCAUGACGAGUAUCACCGGAGGCAAGCGGAUCCAAAUCCCGCCGCUACCAGCCGAAGCCAGGACUGGGGCACAAUUCGAAUGUAAUGCAUGUGGUAAGCACAUACGUGCUGCGACUAACCGUGAUUGGCGUGCGAAGCCGUUUGCAAAUCGCCAGCUCUGGAGCCAGCACUUGGAAUUGGAUCAUCAGCUUGGUCCCAGCUGGGAGAGCGUGGUGUGUCCCUUGUGCCUCGAAGCGACUGAUGCUGGGAAAAGCAAGAUGCUUAUACACUUCGCGCGUCAUAUGGAGGACAUUGCACUCGCAGCAUUGCCGCGUGAGGUGGAGUCUGAUAACGAAUCUGAGAAUGAGAUUGACGAUGCUUCUUACCGAUCUGCCGGCUCCUUAAUACUAUCCACUGGAGAAGACAAGACCGGGAAUGAAAUAUAUGAAAGUCACACGGUUGCAGACGAUCUAGAGGCAGAGCAUAUGGAGAAGCCGCUCCGAUUUACAAUGGAUCUCGAAGAAACCGCGCGGGCCCAACUCCUGGAGCUUGAGGGGAUCGAAAAAAAGGACGACCCUCCCGUAUCAAAAUUCAUCACGAGACCGUUUAUGAACCCUGAUAAAGUGCAUCCUUUGAUGGCUUCCAUGGGGUCCUCGUCCUGCCGUUGCAAAGUCUACGAGCUGGAAAACAGGGACUGGCUCGAUCGAGGGACAGGAUACGCUAAUGUUAUAGAGAAUGAACAGGCCCAAUGGAAUCUCGUGGUCUAUGCAGAAGAUCAGACAAUUCAAAAAUUGUUCUUAACGCCCAUAUUGAUGGACGGCGGCUAUUCUAAACAAAAGGAUACACUUAUAGUAUGGAUUGAACCAGACGGUACACAUAUGGCACUGAGCUUCGAGACCCCAGAAAGCUGUAACAUAGUCUGUGACAUCAUCAACAUGGUUAAAAGGAGUGCAGUGGCGCCAAAGCUGGCCCUGUCUCCAGACAGGUCCGACAAAACCCGGCCAACCGAAGCAUCUGCUUCAUUUCCGGAACCUCGUACCACCGCUGGUCACCAAGGGUCAAAGCUCGACAGUUCUUCGAACUCUCCAGAUGCGCGAGAUUCCUCUCCUUCGAAGACCUCCGCCAACACUAAGGCUGAUCAUAAUGAUGCAGACCGACGCAAGAAGGAAGAGGAUGCCCGCAUAGCUCAGCAAGCCCAAGUCGAGGCAGAAACCCAGGAAAGAAGAGAGUUGGAAACGAACAGGCAACAAACCGAAAACCAAGACAGGCAGCAAGUGCUUCAUCAGAACCAGCUCCAGCCAAAGGAAGCCCUUGGCGCAGCCACUCAGGCUCAGCAAAUGGCGAAGUCACUUUUGCAGAAAAGCCCUGGAUUCAUAGACGCUACAGACCAACAGCCCUAUGCUCGCAGCAUAAUUCUCAACGACAUCAAACCAUACAUACCUCCCGAAGUCAAUACUUGGAGAGAUAUCAAGCAAUGGGCUACAAAUAAUGAGAAUAUGAUCAACAUGGACGAGCUGUUACGACUACAAGAGGUGCAAUUCCUAAAUCAGGAGCAAAAGCAGAAUGAAUCCGCGCCAACGCAAACCCUGGAGGCUGACACGAUCAAAUGCCUCUGUGGAUAUUCAGGUGCCGACGGGAAUACUGUCUUAUGCAAGCUAUGCAACUCAUGGCAGCACAUUGUGUGCUAUUACACAUGUUCGUCGCAUGUGCCUGAUGUUCACGAAUGCGUCGAUUGCCGCCCACGUCCGAUUGACCGAGAAGUCGCUGCACGUGUGCAACGUUUACGACGCGAGUAUCCACUAGAAGACAUUCGAAAUGAGGAGGACGCAAAAAAAGCGGAGCGAAAAGUCGAGAUCGAACGUCGAUGUCUGCAGAUGGACCCUCCCAUUACUCCAGAACAAUUACGCCACAUGGAGUCGUUCAAGGCAUCUAUCCAGAUUGCGCAUCCUAUGAACGACGAAUCAUGGGCUGUAUUGAAACCUCGCUUAGUUGCUCAGCUGCCUGCUGCUGGAAAACGGGUUCUGCGUGUCCCUACUGCUGUCUUGCAUCGACUUCAAGCUUGGCUCAAGGCGAAUAUUAGUAAUCCUUAUCCCAGCCGCGAUACGAGACUUGCGCUUGCUCAAGAGUGUGGUAUAACAGAGAAGCAAGUAUCAACUUGGCUGCUCACAAACGCAAGGUCACGAAAACUACAUGAUGUCUCUGACGAGACCGGUGAUGAGCCCACAGAUGAAUUGCAAAAAGCUUCGAGAAUCCAUCGAUGUAAUUGUGGAAGAUCUUAUACCCGUAUCGAGCAUUUGAGACGGCACCAGAAGAACCACUCGCAAGAAGGAGCAUUGGUGUGUGGUCUCUGUUUCAAGGUCUUUUAUAGAAGGGACUUGUUUGAGCGGCAUGCCGAAAGACAUGAAAAAGCUGGCCCUACCGUACCUCCGAGUCCUAAGUACGAUAGUACCACUUCCAUACCUCAAAUGACCAUCAUCGGAGCGCCCAGUCCUGAGGCUAGGUCCCCGGAGUUUCUCCAAGGAAAACUACGAGAGAACACCACGCAUCAGAGGGCUGGUGAUGCGGUAGUGGAAAACGUGAUACCAAUUCCUUGCGAUGCAUGCCAAGAGAGGCAGAUCAUAUGCGAUAGAAAAAGACCACAUUGCAUGGAAUGCAUAAAAUCUGGAACCAAUUGCCUUUACUCAGCAAUAUUCGAUAAGAGAUCAGUGCGGAUUCGAAGAAAAGGCCUCACAGCAGAACAGCGUGCCGAAACGAUGCAGACGCGACGCAUUGGAGCUUGCGCAGAUUGCAAGAGACGAAGAAUAAAAUGUGAUCCUGGUACACCAUGCAAGCCAUGCCUAAGGCUCUAUCAGGAUGACUUGACCAAACACUCCUGCCGCAAAGACAGGGACGUCACUGGAACUGGAAAUGAACAACACUCACAAGACCGCAGGUCUCCAUCGCUGCCACUCUACGAUUCGUCAUAUGGAGACCUGGAGGGUGUCGGCGCGCACUUCGGCGCGCACUUGGUAAUUGAAACGCUCAAAAAUGGACAAACGGCGGGUCCUUCACGACCAUCUUCAAGCAUCCAGCCUCAGCAGUAUCACUCUGCUGACUAUGUACCGAGCCCUAACUUUCAAGAUCUACUACUUUAUCCGGAAGCAUCUGCUGCGCGCACAGUAGAUGGUAAGACCACUCACGUUAUUGAAAUCUGA